AAUUGGAACAAUAAAAACCUAAAAGUGAGAGAGAGAAAAAUUGUAUAGUGAUGAACCGAUCGGGAUGGGUUAGGGAAAAAGUUGUAUACUCUGUUGUGUCUUUACCCUCUUUCUGUUGAUAACCAAAAAAAGAAAAAAGAAAAAAGAUCAGAACGCUGUGCGAAAAUGGAGAUUCGUUAUGGUGGAAUUCAAGGUGGGUUUGCACAGAUUUGCAGGAGAGAGAUGGGCUUCACUAAGCCCAGAUGCUUCGCUCGCAGAUUCUCUGCUUCUGAGGUCCUUGUAAAGCAAAUAAAUCUUUAUGGCAAGUUAAAUGGUCAUGAAGGUUGUGUAAAUGACGUGGAUUUCAACUCUACUGGUGAUCUCCUUGUAUCAGGUUCUGAUGACAAACAAGUUAUAUUUUGGAAUUGGGAAACUAAAACUAAACAGCUCUCAUAUCCUUCUGGCCACUUGGAUAACAUAUUCCAGACCAGAAUUAUACCAUUCACUGAUGAUCGGAAAAUAGUGACUUCUUCCUCUGAUGGCCAGGUAAGGCUUGGCCAGGUCUUGGAGGAUGGCCAAGUUGAUACGAAAAUGUUGGGCAUGCACCAAGGCCGUGUGCACAAGCUUGCUCUGGAGCCAGGAAGUCCGCACAUAUUAUAUAGCUGUGGUGAAGACAGUUUUGUUCAACAUUUUGAUUUGCGAAGUAGUUCUGCUACAAAACUUUUCUGUUGCUCCUCAUUGACAGAAAAUAGUAAGCGGCCUCCAAAGAACAUAAGGUUGAAUGCCAUUGUAAUUGACUCAAGAAAUUCGAAUUACAUUGCUGUUGGAGGAUCUGAUGAAUAUGCACGUGUUUAUGACUUGAGAAAAUGCCAAUUGAAUGCAUCAAGUAAUCUAGAUAGACCUGUGAACACAUUUUGCCCGCGUCACCUGAUUGCGACCAACAACUUUCACAUCACAGGGUUGUCUUACUCUAAUACAAGUGAACUUCUUGUCUCGUACAACGAUGAACUCAUUUAUCUAUUUCAAAAGUACAUGGGGUUGGGCGCCUCAUCAUCAUCUGCCUCAACUGAAGAUCUAUUGAAAAAUGAAGAGCCACAGGUUUACUUGGGCCAUAGAAAUUCGAAGACAGUUAAAGGAGUGAGUUUUUUUGGCCCAAAUGAUGAAUAUGUCUUGAGUGGGUCUGAUUGUGGCCAUAUAUUUAUUUGGAAGAAGAAGGGAGCUAAAUUAGUGCGUUUAAUGGUAGGUGAUCGCCAUGUUGUAAAUCAUCUUGCCCCCCAUCCCCAUAUUCCUAUUCUUGCUACUUGUGGGAUAGAAAAUAAUGUAAAGCUCUGGGCUCCUAUGGCAAGCGAUGCUCCUCCAAUGCCUGCCAAUGCUGAACAGAUUAUGGAGUCUAAUAGACAAGGCAGGGAAGACCAUGCAAGGGUAACUCUUACCCCUGAUGUUAUCAUGCAUGUCUUGCGCCUGCAGAGGCGACAGACGAUGGCAUACACUGAAAGGAGAUACAGCAGAGCUGAUAUUGAGAGUGAUGAAGAUGAUGAAGGAUAUGGAUUCUCAGAUGGUGAUACAUCUACUGGAGAGGGUUCAAUUGGAAAUUCCACUGAGUGCAAGAUUAGCUAGAAGUUUGUAACUUAAGAAGUGCAGUAGCAUUGUCAGAAGUACAUGAAUUGCAGAAGCUAAAUUUUGCUAAAUGGAUGAGCUUAAACUUGUACAUAUUUCUUAUGCCAACAAUCGUUUUCUACUUUCAGAAUGCCCAGUUUUGAAGCAAGAGCAGACCUUCUGGAGUGUGUGAUGUAAUAUAAUUUCUGGUCCAAAUGUCCUGAAUAUGUACGCUAAUUGUAUUCUAGAUAGAAUAACAUUCGGUCACGAUAACUCACUGUGUUUGUGCAAUGUAGUGCAAGUUUGCCAA